CCUCUGCUACUUUGCUGAUGUACCUGCUCCGGUGCUACUAUGAAAAUUUUGCUGUCCAGCCUUUUCCUCUACCCAGGGCCUUCUCUGUACUCAUACGUAACAUCAGAUCCUCCCCCUUCAGCCUCGUCUUCCCUCAUGUUCACCCAGACCCAGGCUGAGGGAGGGCACAGCUGCGGUAGUCUCCGUCUACCCUUAGUAGGUGUGUCAGGGUGCAGUUACCCAGUGACCCUUCUCCACCUUCCCAGACAAAGUGUUUUGAGGAUUUGAGAGGGCGAGGAAGGGAGGAAUAGCAGAGCGAGAGGAGCUAACAAGUCAGAACAGCUGCUCAUGGGAGAAAGGGUUAAGGGAGCUUUCUGUUGGCUUUUCCUAUUUCCCUGUCCUCUUCUGUGAGACUGAUAUGUGGGGUCGAUAGAGGAUUGCUGCCUGAGUGCAGCUCACACCGGCUGCCUCCACUGGAGGGAAUAGGCCAGCAAAGCAGGCAGCUCAUUAGGAGGGACAUUCCCACAGGCAGGACUGAUGUUCAUGUGAGGCCGGAGGCUUUUCUGCAUCACUUCAAGACUGGCUCCAGCCCCAGCCAAGAAAGGCGAGUAGGCAAGAUGGGUUUCUCUGCAGUUGGUUGUGCAUGUUUUUUUAAGCACACCAUCCUUAAUUGCCUGAAAAAAAUAGUAAUAAUAUAAAGAAAUCACUACUGAGACCUUCUUUUGGAAUAAGCCCAGAUGGCAUUAAUAUUCUGUCUUUUGAUUCAGAUCCAACCUCCCAAAAUAUAGGGAAAGAAAAGUUCCACAAGUCACAGCACUGGGGUUACUGCAAUAAUGUUGCUAUGCUGGUUGGAGAAGAUAAACCUGGAAUAGGAGGUGAACCAUUACCUGGUCAGAAGCUGAAACCUAAAUACAGUGUGUUUCCUGAAGGGAUGGGAAGUGAUGCUCCUGCUUGGGUAGCAUUUGACAAGCAGGUAUUGUCUUUUGAUGCCUAUUUUGAGGAAGAAGUGCCUGACAAAAAUCAAGAGCUAUAUAGAGUCAGACAUUGUAAAAUAUACUUCUACCUUGAAGAUGAUACAAUUCAAGUGAUUGAACCCCAAGUGAAAAAUAGUGGCAUAACUCAAGGAACUAUUGUUCGACGGCAUCGGAUUCCACUGCCACCUCCUCAUGAAGAUCAGUUCUAUACUAUAGAUCAUUUCAAUAUCAACAUAGAAGUAAUCCUUUAUGCCCGAAGAUAUAAGAUUAUAGAUUGUGACCAAUUUACAAAAAAUUUCCUGAGGAAGAUGGGAGUUAGAUUAAAUCCUCCCACAGGUUGUCCAGAUGACCCGUACACCAAAGCGCGGCAAAAGAUUCUAGAUAGUAUGAAGCCUUUGCGCCCUUAUGAGCGCAUUGACACUUUGAAACAAUUUCUGGAGCAUAAUGGACAUGUUUUACGUUUUUUCUGCGUGUGGGAUGACCCAGAAUCGAUGUUUCAUGACCCACGGGAACUUGUUCUGCACUAUUAUUUGUCCGAUGAUACUAUUGAUAUAAAAGAAAUUAUACCAGUAAACUCAGGCCGGGAUGCAGUUCCACUUUUCCUCAGAAGAGAUAAGCUUCCAAAGUAUGCUCCCACUGGCCUGUAUCAGCCAGGCACAAUCACCAGUCGCACUAUUCUCAAUGUGUUUGGAAAGUUAGUAGGAAACAGAGGCCGUUACAUUCUGGACAAUCGUAAGACAGGAGCAGUGCAUCAGGAAUUUUACAGAGACAGUGACCUGAAAAUAGGGGCAGUAAUUAAUGUUUGGGGAAGGAAGGUAAUACUCUGUGAUUGUGAUGAAUUCACUAAAGAAUAUUACAGAACAAAAUAUGGAAUCGAGGAUUUCACCCCAGUUCAACAUAAGGCUCCACCUCCUCCAAAACCAGAAAAAACAUUUCCUCCUUAUACUGGAUUUGGUUCCGAAGAGGAUUCUCUGUGCUCCUGUAUGGGUUUGCUUCCCAAGCCUCCCCAAAAAGAUUUCAAGAAAUUCAUGGAGAAAGACAGAAGUGGUAUGGAAAGCAACAUACUGCGCUUUCGUGCAAAACUUGUCACAGAUAGUCCUGUUGACAAGGAUCGGAAAUUCAUUAUUUCCUACUUCCUGAGUGAUGACACCAUUUCAGUUUUUGAACAUAUACAGCAAAACACAGGGAUACUUGGUGGGAAGUUCUUGGAAAGAGGUCGCAUUAAGAAGCCUGGGCAGCAGCUCUUUAAGAGUGAGCCAUCUGAAUACUUCAAGGCUCAGAAUCUGUUUGUUGGAGCCAGAGUUUGUUUCUAUGGUCACAACUUUCUUUUGGUGGAUGCUGAUGAGUACACGUUCAACUAUAUGGAGAAGCAUGCAAAUGAGUUCUCUGUGGCUGAUAUUGGUGUCAUCCUCAAGAAACUGAAAUACAUAGCUGAACCUCGUUCCCGAGAAAUCAGACAGAUGUUUGCAGCCGCUGACCCUGAGCAUACCAAUGUGAUUGAGUAUGACCCUUUCAGAAAUUUGAUCAUCAGUGUCACUGAUGGAGCGUUUUCAGAACAUGAAAUUAUGACUCUUGGGCGCUAUUACAGUGUGAGAGAUGAGUGUGAAAUGGAUCUCCACUUCCUCCUUGCAGUGGCUCAAGAAAAACUAAAGAAGAAUAACUUUGAGAAUUUUGAACAACUGUCUGCAGUGCUUAUAUACAAUGACCGUGAAAAAUGUGGAGUGCUGCCUCAUGAGAUUUGCUGGACUAUUUGCAAGUCCUUUAAGUUGCCAGUGGCUGAUGGUGAUCUGCAAGCUUUACUGACCAUGUUUGAAGAUGACCAUAAGCAAGUGGAAUAUAAAAAGUUUGUAGAUGGGCUGAACUGGAGAGAGAAUCAAAUCCCUGCCUUCCAGACAAUAAAGGUUCCUCUCAAGAAUGAAGAUGACUGGAGCAGAGAACCACCAUCCCUUCCUGUGAAAGGGAUCAAAUAUUUACCUCUUCUGGAUGAUCUAUUUGGCAAGGAAGAAUAAUCUCGUCUGUGCAAGGCACUGCUUUUGGAUUCAGCCCCAAAGCUUACUUAGAUAGUGAAAACAUUCCUUGUAAAACAAAAAAAAAAAUCAGAUAUAGGUUUUGUUACAUUUCAUUUCUUAUAACAUAAUGUAUACUUUGUGUGUUUUUGUAACUCCUUUGAAAUCAACAGUACUCUUUCAUACUUAUACAGGCAUAAUUAAAACUGUAUCCUCUAAUCUUUCUGUCUGGUUAUAUGGAGGAUUUACAAGUACUGACAAAUCUUUGAAUCAAACAGGGCAAAAUCUGACUGACCCUGCUUUGUUCUUCAAACAAACGAAGUUGUUGGAUGAUCUCUUAAAAUAUGAGGUAGGACUAUAUUAUCAUGAUAAGGUAAUUACGUUCAAAUUUCCUCUCGUGGUCUUUAGCUUGUAUCUGUGUUUUUGCUAUAUUGCUGUCGUGAUGCUUAAGGACUGUUUGUGUCAAAGUUGGUUAUUUUAUGGAGGAAAUACUAGCAAGGUUUUAGCACAGUAUAAAGUUCCUCUGGUGUCAGAGAUAAUUAUAGCCUUCCAGUGUCAAAGUAAAUACUUUGUAGGCAUGGCACGGAAGCUAUCAGUUCUUGCUUUUUGUUUAAAUGUGGCUCAGAUUAGUAGCCACCCAAGUUUACUUGGGUGACACAUGUAUGAAGAGAAGGUGUUUCAGUACAAUUUUAGCGUGCAGCUUUCUUGCAGUACCACUGUACUUGCCCUUUGAAAAUUAAUUGAUGCCUUUCUCUUUGCUCAAAAUUGCCAUGACUAAAUGCAGUUCCUGUUAACAUUUGUGUAUCUUUUUAAGCUUAUGCCAGAUCAAAGCCAUGAUUAGAUCUGAA